UCCAAAGCGGUCACUCUAGGAAGCCGGGCGUGCGGCUCCGGGCUCGGUGCUCUCUGGCUCCGUGGCUGCCGCGGACCCUCCCCGUAGACAUGCCGUUCGUUGAGCUGGACACGAACUUGCCCGCCAAUCGCGUGCCGGCAGGCCUAGAGAAGCGGCUCUGCGCGGCGGCCGCCGCCAUCCUGAGCAAACCUGAAGACCGCGUGAUCUGUACGCUGAGGCCUGGCCUGACCAUGAUGCUGGGUGGAUCCACAGAGCCUUGUGUCCAACUGAUCGUCUCCUCCAUCGGUGUGGUGGGUACAGCUGAGGAGAACCGCGGCCAUAGUGCCCGCUUCUUUGAGUUCCUCACCAAGGAGCUGGGCCUGGACCAGGACCGGUAUGUAGGAGUAGUGAGAAAGUCUAUUAUGGACCCCUAGCAACCAAAGGUGGCCAUCUGCCACAGGCCUCCUAUGAUAGUUAUCCGCUUUCACCCACUGGAUCCCUGGCAGAUUGGGAAGAAGGGGACAGUCAUGACAUUUUUGUGAUUGGCAACAAGGAUCCAUGGCAUCUGUGAGCUGACUGUCCCUUCCAGAGAGGCCUGAUUCUAGCAGCCCUUCUGUAGACAUAUCUGUGGCUUUACCUCAGUUUUACUCUUCACUAUCCUCACACCAAAUAAAGAAUAUCAUUAUUCAAACAU